AUGGAACCACUCUACGAUCAAUUAUUACAACAGAAAUUCGCCUCCAGUACAGACGCUAUUGAAUUCUGUCGUGAAGCGUGUCAAGAAUACGGAUUUUCGAUCAAGCAAGAACCCAAUUCAAAUCGAAGCAUCUACAUCUAUUGCACACAUGAUAAUCCACUCUUUUCGGAUGCUGCUACUGCUGCUCUUCAGCAACAACAGACACCACCACUGAGAAAACGACCCUCCUCACUGAAAAAUGUGUCUACUCCAUAUACUGCUGCUCCAGAGUGCAAAUGGCGUGUGGUGCUCACAGAAAACGAAUUGACCAACGAAUGGACCUUUCGCAAAUCACUGAACCCACAAGCAUCUGAGCAUAAUCAUCUGCUCAGCGACAAUGAGCCAUCCAUCUGGCCGCAAGAAGUGUACGACCGUAUUAUUCAACUCGCGCGCCAAAAGAAUAUGCAGACAGAUGAAAUUCGUGAUACUAUCAAGCUGCAAUUCCCAGACAUCACCUGGAAUGACCGUCGAUUUUCAAAUUGUUUGGUAGAAGAGCGUAAAAGGAUGCGUCAAAAAGGUGUUGUGGACAAGGUGCAACGUUUGGUCAUGGCUUCUACUCGCCUAUGCUCUGUGGUUGCUGCAAAUGAAGACUGGGCGUCUUGCGUGGAGGGUGAGUUGGUCAAGAUGCUGGAAAACUACAAGCAUUUAUCGCGCAUUCCAAACCAACAAAUGGUGGACUCGAUGGUAGAUCUGCAACUUGACAUGAUACACUCUGAAAUUGACAAGAACAGAAGACCUAAUGUAAAGCAGCACCACCAGGAGAACGAUAUGUUUAGCAAAAAGAGAAGAACUAGUGCUGCAGCUGCGGCUGCUCUGCGCAAUGAAGGUAUUCAGGUCAUGUCGGUUCCAAGCUGCACUUUGUAUAUACGGUCUCAGCCAUUGAGAUCUCUGUCUGAGCCUUCUUCGCAAAACAGAAGAGCGUUUACUGACUUGAUUGCUGCUUCGUCUGCUUCAGCUAUCCCUCAGCAGCAGCACCGCCACCACCAGCAACAUCGCCAUCAUCAUCAGCAGCAACAGCACCAUUAUCACCAGCAGCAGCAGCGCCAUCAUCAUCAUCCACAGCAACAUCAUCCGCAUCACCAUCAGCAACUUUCUUUUGGUGUCAGCUCGGUAUUUACAAUGACAUCUCCUGUUUCCUCCCCAUCUUCUACGUCUUCGUUGCAGCAACGUGUAGAUUACAACAGCUAUCGAAACAGUGGCAACAAUGAUAUGCUACAGUCGCCACCCAUACCAGAUUCAACCAAUAUGAUCAUGUCCUCGGGUUACAAUGGUGGCAAUGAUACGUAUACACCACACCCUCCUACGCCGUCUUCAACUUACAAUGGAUCAGCAGCAGCAGCAGUUGCAGCAGCAACAGGCGACAUCAACUUUAACUUUGAUCCCAAUGCCAUGACGAAUACGGCACCUUCUUAUCCUCAGCAUGUGCCUGCUUCGCCUGCACCGCUUGUCGUCCAUCGCCAACAACAGCAGCAACAGCCCACGACAGAAAGAAUGGCAGGCUAUCCUACUUCAAUGGGUUACUACUCAAAUUCAGCUUCGUCUAUUGUACGUGAAGCUUCUCCAUCGACAACAUCGAUCCAGCAGCGUAUCAUGCUGCAACAAGAGUAUGAGCAACAUCAGAGGCAUUUGCAGCAGAUAGACUCUUCCUCAGCAGCAGCCGUUGCAGCAGCAGCAGUCGCCAAUGUGCAUUUACCCCUGAUCAGAUCCAACUCACCACUGAACGCGAGUAUCGUUCAACACCAGCACCAGCAACAACAAGCCCAUCCAGGGUCUAAUUUGAAUCCAAAUCACCCACAAAGUUGGUCGUAA